CUCUGCCCGCACAAACGCGCAACCCUCACCGCCCGCAGAGACGAACCAGCCGCAGCCGCCCCUUCUGCUUCUUCCCCCGACUUGACGAACCCUAGGCGCCGCCACCGCCUGCCGUCGUGCCUGCCAGCUCCGUCCGGCAGCGCCCCCGGGCUCCCCCCACCUUCCAGUCUUCGCUCCCUUCUGCUUCUGCGGCGUCCCCGCGUCAGGUUGCACCGCUGCCGGCUGCUGGCCUGUCCGGCGAGGGCGCGAGGCGGCGACCCCGGCUAGGCAGCUACGGCGGCUAGGGCGCGAGGCUACAUGCUUUUGCAAAUGCUCUUGUGCUGUUGUGCACAUUCAUCCCAGCCAGUAUCCCAGCCACUUGGACUCUACUAAUUCAACUCUGAAGAAGAACAAGGUUAAUGAUAUAAGAGGACUCCAAAACUUGGCCAAGUCAUUAUCUGCACAGGGUUCUGCCAUGCUUGGCCAUCUCCGGCGAUCCUCCGGCAUUCUGCGCCGCCUACCGAUCGCCAGCUUCGCUCCCUCCGACCCUGCCGCUGCAUACUCGGGAUGGAGUUCACACGCCGAGUCACUCUCGUUUGUUUCAUGUUGGUGUGGCAAGCAUGCUACCAGGAAUUUCUCUACAGAUGAUAAAGUUACCAAUGGUCGUCGAGGGUAUCAGCAAAAGGAGUUGAAGAAGCCAAGUACGGCCGUGAAGGAUAAUGAUGCAAUCAUUGAUCGCAUACAAAAGAGCACAAGGGGGUUGAAAAAAGGGCCGGUUGGGCACACCCUUUCAUCAGCAGAGAAAAGGAAAUUCCUUAUCAACACUCUUCUUGAUCUUGAAGACUCAAAAGAAGCUGUUUACAGCACCCUUGAUGCAUGGAUCGCCUUUGAGCAGGACUUUCCACUCGCCUCAUUAAAGCAAGCAAUUGUAGCUCUUGAAAAGGAGGAACAAUGGCAUAGAAUUGUCCAAGUAAUAAAAUGGAUGUUGAGCAAAGGGCAAGGAAAUACCAUCAGAACAUACGAGCAAUUAGUGCGUGCACUUGAGAAGGACAACAGAGCAGAGGAAGCACAUAAAAUCUGGGAGAAGAAAAUAGCCCAUGACCUGCGUUCAGUUCCUUGGCGUUUCUGCGGUCUUAUGUUGGCAAUUUACUACAGAAACAAUAUGCUAGAUAGGCUUAUCAAGCUCUUCGGUGCCCUUGAAGCAUGCGGUCGCAAGUGUCCUAGUAAAGAAUAUAUACGGAAAGUUGAAGUUGCAUAUGAAAUGCUUGGUCUAUUAGAAGAGAAGAAGGAUUUGCUUGAAAAGUACAAGGAUUUGUACAAUAAACCAUCAAAUAGUGAUAGAAAGAAAGAUCGACGGUUCAAGAAGGCUGAGAAGAAAGCUGCUGAUGAUGGCAGCAAACAAUUGGAGAUGGAAACAUCUGAAAACUUACCAGUUAACUCAUGCCCUUCAGAUAAGGAACUGGUUCAAGAUAAGAAAUACAACACCGAUGGUGAGAUCAGUAUCAGACAAACGUGAUGCAGCUAGUAAUCUCUACCAGUAACACUUACUGGGCCAGCCAAUAGUCCAUUACUAAUAGGAAACAACACGAACAUUGGAACCCCCUUAUUCUUCCAUAAAUCUUUGAAGUGCGGUGACUUUCAUGUUGCCUUGGACAAAUAUUUCCGAGUGUUAUCGUUCGCCAAAAAAGUUGUAAUGUCUGAAUAUUGGAACAAGUGGGCGCAUAACUGUAGUCAACCAAGGGAUUACAUGAGGAAACCAGUACUUUAUCUCAUGUACUCAGUGUGAGAAUUGUUGUGCUGACAUUUCUGUUUUCAUACUAGAAAGCCAAAUUCCUGUUA